AUGAAUUUAACAAGAGUUGUCAAAUUGGUAGCAAGACUCAACAGAAAUUUGUAUGCGUAUAACAUUAAUAAAACUAAAACUAUUUGUUUGAGUUCACAUUUGUCUACGUUUUCUAGUAAUUACUUUUACUCAAAUAUUUCCUCAAAUCAAUUCCUCCCAAUAUCCUAUAGAACAAAUCAUCUGAAUUCUAAAAUUCGUCAAAUAUCAUAUACAUCGUCACUAUUAUCGAAAAAUCAAUGUUCCAAAAUUAAAGAAGCUGUAAAUGCUGACAAAAUAAAAUGUAAAAACAAAGAAGCUAAUAUAAAAAAACUUAAAAAAUCGCUGAAACAAAGAAUUAUUGAUGAACUUUAUCAUUUUUAUUAUGGUUUUAAACUUCUGGGACUCAACACUAAAAUCUCUUUUUAUUUGGCUAUUAAAAAAUUGAGAGGUAUUGAAUUAACAAGAAGAGAACAUAAAUUAUUCGUUCAAACUAUAGCUGAUCUUUUGCGACUAAUACCUUUUUCUGUGUUCAUUCUCGUUCCAUUCAUGGAGUUGACUUUGCCUUUUUUUAUAAAGUUUUUCCCGGGCAUGCUACCAACUACAUUUCAAACAAAGGAUCAAAAGGAAAUAAAACUCAUACAGUCUCUCAAAGUGAAACUUGAAAUGGCCAAAUUUCUUCAAAAGACUUUAGACAACAUGUCUGUGUGUGGUAAAGAACACACGAGUGAAUUAGCUCAAGAAUUUGCGGACUUUUUCUCAAAAGUAAGAAAAGAAGGUAUUGUUAUACCAGCUCACGAAAUGCUUAAGUUUUCAAAGCUAUUCAAAGAUGAAAUCACUCUUGACUCACUACCUCGACCACAGUUAGUUGCCCUUUGUCGAGUCCUUGAACUACAAUCGUUUGGGACUUCAAGCGUUUUGAAAUAUCUUUUGACUCUUAAACUUCGAUCUUUAUUAGUUGACGAUAAGAUGAUUCAAAAAGAAGGCGUUGAUUCUCUGACGUUGAGUGAGCUUCAAGAAGCCUGUAAGUCUCGUGGUAUGGGUGCUUAUGGUCUCACUGAAAACCGCUUGAAACAACAGUUAACCCAGUGGCUAGACCUAUCACUCAAUGAAAGAGUUCCACCAUUAUUACUUCUCCUCUCUAGAGCGUUUAGUCUUACAUCUAAUAUUCCAACUAAUGAUUUACUGAAAAAUACGAUAUGUUCUCUGCCUUAUGGUGUUGGUGCAUCAACUGAAGCUGACUUGUGUGAACGCGAUGGUGCUAUAAAUAAUAAGGUAAAAUUGGAAGCAACCGAAAAAGAGGAACGUAAGGCAAAAGAAGAAAUUGAAGAAGAGGAACAUAAGGCAAAAGGAGAAAUUGAAGAAUGUAUGGGAAAAAAUAUAUUACUACAACUAGAUGAUACCCUUAAAAAAACUUCAAAUCAUACAUGCAAUAAAGUUGAUGUUUUAAAAGAUGCAACUGGAAUUGAAGGAGAAUUAUCAUCAACUGAUUUAAAAACAUUGGAAUGUGCUAUAGAAAAUAUGUGCUCAAACCAAUCUAAACUUCUUCUUGAAAUAUCAGAAAUCUGUGAAUUGAAGAAUGAACUUAAAUGUUACCAAAAUGAUAGACAUGAUCUUCAAGAAAUAAUGGGAUCUGUGGAAGAGGAACAAGUUAGAGAAUCGGAGCCAGCUAAACAAUUAUAUAAUGCACUCAUUAAAAUAAUAAAUGACAUAGAUCAGGUCGUCAAUGAAUUAGAGAAAAAAGAAUUAGUCAGUGCAAAUAUUACUACCGAUGGUAAAUUAAUCAAGAUUGAUGAACUAAUCGCAGUAGUACGAAAAUUACAAAAUGUACCAGAUGAAUGCAAAAUACAAAAAAUAGUUAAAAUAUUGUCUAAAAUAGACAAUGAUAAAGAUGGUUCAAUAAGAUUAGAUAUUUUGUUGAAAAUGCUGCGUCUGAUGAAUAAAGUAAAUAUGAAUUUAUCUGAUGAAACAAUGAAUAUAAUAAUGCAAAUAGUUAUUAAAGAGCAAAAUAUUGGCAAAAGUGGUACCUAG